UCUCUUUGCUCCUGUUGUUCUAAAUUCAUUUGAAUAUCAUACCAUAGCCUUUCACGAGGAAACGGAUAAAGCUCAAUUAUUUACGAAGUAUUGAAGAGCCAAUAUUAUGACCGCAUUACUUCAACCUUGACUUUCAGGCUGGAAAAAAGUUCGAACAACGCACGUGAGCGAACCUGUCACGAACCGCUGCCAUUUGGCAAGCGCAUUUUACUCACGCUCAGUUACUUCAGUGCACCGUUUUGAUUUGUUCUUUUACAAUGUGGCCCUGGAAGUCUUCUAAACGCUCAUCAGAAUUUAAGGUAAGAAAAUGAAACAAGGUGAAGGGAACAGUGUGGAAGAUAAAAAAACGGCUCUUUUGUUAAAAUAUCGACUGGCUGACUCAAUGCAAGUUUGCCUUUUCUCAUUUGUUAACUUUCAGUUGCUGCUGGCUACUUUUUGCUUACCUUGUUUAUUACAAAUAGUAGACAGAAUAUGAUGAAUGGAAUGCUAAGUUGGGACUUAAUUUAGUAAUUAGUUUAGAACUUGACGAACGAAUAUCCUUUUUUGUAAUUGUAAUUUUUCUCCUUGCAGAAUUUGUUGCCAUAGAGUCGUUUCUGUGUUGAGAAGUUUUUGAUGACAGCUGCCUUAUGUCGCGCCGUCAGCUAAACCAUACUAGCUAUGGCUAAACAAAACACAAACAAUUAAACAGUUCUUUUGACACGGCCCCUUAAUUUUUUAUCGCUAAUCUGAAAAAGUGCCAUAUUUGACAACUCUUCUUGUUAUUUUAUGCCUUUCAUGUGUUAUUCAGUUUGUGGUUAUUUUGAAAAUCCAAUUUUUUAAUUCAUUUCUUUUUUCUGUAAACUGGACAGCUAAACUCAUAUGGAAAUUGUAAAAUUUUACUGCUUUUGUCUUGGUUAUUACACAGGAUGACUCAUCAAAUUUGGUGAAUGCUUUGAGAUGGUUGAUUGAACAGAGAAGUGAAAAUUAAAAUUAAACGUGAACAAAUAUAUCAUCCUUAAAUAAGAGAUCUCGUAAAACUUUAUUUCUAACCACAAAAAUAGGGGGUUAAAAAUUCUUCAUGAUUGAUAAUGAAAAAUGAUUGUAAUAUUUUUGCAGCUUUUGUUUGCUGUGAUACCUAUUCAAAACAGCCUUGCAAUUGUUUGUUUCAUGCAUCACAGAGUAUUCACAUCAUCAUGUUCAGUGGGCUUAAAAAGCAUGUACUAAACUGUUUAGUCACUUAGCAACACCAGUGGUGCAUGCUCAGUUCUGCUUUAAAUCACGGGUAGAGUAUUCAUUACAUUUUUGUCCUUAGCUAAAACACAUAUAACGGUAGCAGCAAAGAAAACUCUGCUAGCAAGGGUCAAUCCUCUAAUAUAAGUAAUUAUUGUAUUUGACUGUACAAGUGCAUCAAAUUACAUGAACAAUGUAGUUUUGCCUUAGUUGAUAAGGAGACUGAUAGUUGUAAGUUAUAAGAAGAUUAAUGUUUGUUGUGAUGUAAUCAGCCCAUAGUAGACAUAUACUUGUACAUGUUGAGCCUCCAUGACUGAUGUUUGCCUUUUUGUUUGCAGUAUGCAUCAGAUAACUCCAAGUAUCAUCCGCACCCUCAUCUUGGAUUCCACAUGACUCAGCGUAUGAUGUACCUUAUGAUGGGGUGCCUGUGCUUUGGUGUGCUUCUUAUUCUAAUAAAUAUUUAUCAGCUAAGAAGCAUAAAUGCUGGUUUGGCUGUUGGUGAUCCCGAGUUUGGAAGCUCAAGCAGACCAAUUGUUUGGAUUAAUGGCAAAAAUGUAAGAAACCUUUACUAGUCAUGGACUUUGCAGUGUUUUCUCGUCUGUUGAACUCAGAGAGGCUUUGCAUUUGUUGAACAAAUUGCUUGAAAAAUCCUCAAUGAUUUUUUCUUUUUGUACCUGCAAUAAAUAUGUCUUUGUUAUACAUGCAUGAUUAUCUAAAACUAUGCAUAGAUUCUCUUAUCCAUAUCUCACUCAUGAAGGUAUGUUUAAUAUUUUUUUGCAACUUUUAACAGAAAGACAGACUGUAGACUCUUCAAACUAAGAGGUACAAAUUUCAGGAAAAGUGAAAUCAUAAAAAGUGCAAUAUUCUAACUUUCAUUGCAGCUGAGAACAGGCUACUUGAAUCAUGUGAUAGCUGUGUUCAGCCGCAUUGGUUACACCCGGACAGAAUCACGUAAUCGACUUUUUGACGUCAUGUGGUCACAUGAUUAUCCAUUUGGUGAACUUAAAGAAAUGCUGCAAAAUUUAGAACCUCAUCAAAAGGUUAGAAAUUUAUUAGAUAUAAUAGCAAGCUUAUUAAAACCUCAUUGAAAAUGACCAAAAGUUGAUCUUUCCCUCUUAAAUGGGUCUGUCUUUAUAACAGUCAUUACUAUAUUCUUCACAAAUUAUGCAUGAGUAAAGAAAAAGCAUUAUAAGCACUCUAUUAAGCCAAACUAAAACUCUACUUCUCAUUUUUUUUUUUCAUCAAAACUCACUGAUAUGUAUACUUUUGUUAUUCUUGGAAUCUGAACUGCAAGAGGCUGAACUAUAACUGAGUUUACAUGUAUAUGUUACAGGUCAAAUUUGAUUUCAGGUUUAUUUUGAUUUAACCUACAUUGAUUCUCAAUUUCCUUUGUUUCCUAGCCCUAAUUCAUGAAUAUGAACAACUGUUCUCUCCAAUAAACAACCGGAAUGUAGAUAUCAUGCACAGUAAUUGCAAAAACUACUUGAAACUUUUUUUUAGUACAUAAAACACUGGCAUUUAACUGCAACAAAUGAAUUUUAGGUGUACUGUAGUCUGAAGACAGAACAAGAACAAGCUCUUGCUAGAUCACUGACAUUAACAUGUCACAGGCACUUUAAUUUUCUACAUUUCAUACAAGUGGCCACAUUAACUGGGUAAAAGAUUCUACUGUUUGGGAUUUUAAAACAUGGCUGACUUGGCCGUAUUUAUGUGUGAUCGAAUAAACGUUUUUUUUACAAGAAAAUGUAUGACUGUUUUGCCGGGCCAAAAAAAGUGGUUGUAAUAAUGAGGUGACCAUAUUACUGAGGUGGCUGUUAGGCAGGGUUCCACUGUACCUGAAAUUAUUUGGUUAUUUUAAAUAGUUUAAAACCAUUUAGCCUUGUAAAAUACUAUUUUAAUCCUUAAUCUUUUUUUAAAGAUUUUUGAGACUACCAAAGUAUUUUAUUCUAAAUUAUGCUAUCUAUUUCUUCCAGAUUAAUCAUUUUCCUGGAUCAGGUUACAUAACAAACAAAGUAAGCUUGGCUGUCAAUCACUUUCCAUUUAUUCCACCAGCCUUUGUGAUACCAAAGGAUUCUGACAAAUUUUUGGAAGAGGCAAGUUCAAUAUUCACUAUUAAUUAAGUACAUGUUAUCACAUGUAUUAUUAAAAACUGAAUCAUUGGAUAUUGCAAUUCUAGCAUUUUGAUUGGCUUAGCCGUUAUGGUAUAUGAGCUAUUAUACCAUGCUCUCCAUAUAUGGUUGGUGUAUGCGUCAGUUUAAAAUUGGAAGCCAGCUGAGAUUUUUUUUCGCGAAGGAUAGAACGGCGCCCGAAGCAAAUUGUUUUAAUUCAUUUCUUAGAAUACUAGAAAUGCAAUUUCAUCAAAAGAAAAAAGACAAACACAAACAAAAAACCCACAAGAGCUUGUUUGAAAGUUUGUCGAAAAACACAUGAAAACUCUUGGAACUAAAGUACCUUGACCAGCUACGAAAGAUGACAAGUGUUGUUUCUUCAUGAUCGUGAAGCCAUUUGCCGAUCGAGUCACUCGCCGAUAGAUAACUGCGGCUCGUUUAUCCGACAUCAAAAAUAUAAAUCACAAUUAACCAGCUACAAUAUUAAUAGAGGCUAUGCAGCCAUUCACUAGAGCAAUCGAGGCGGCAGUAUAGCUUCUUUUCUCGUUCAGCAAAACCAGCUUGUGGCUUCAAACAACUUCAUAACAAGCGACCGAGGUAAUAGUUUUUCUCCGUUGUUCUUACUUUUAUAACUGCACCGAAAAUCCAAAUUCACAGUAAUUUCGACGGUUUUUACUUAAAAAUUCUUUUCCUUUACAUUAUCUGCCAGGUUUUUUUAGCUGUUCUGCUGUGUAAAAUCCUAGAAUCCCAAUGAGUUUUUAAAAAACUAAUGCUCAUCGCUACAAUGUUUUGAUUUUUCAUUCAUGCAGUCCAGGCGAAUCCGUUGACAGUUUUGAUAUACGUGUGACAUGUGAAUAACGGAAGUCUCUUGUCUUUUCCAGUUUGUUCUAGUUGGGGAGAUUCAACAAGAUUUUGUGGGCAUUUUUAAUAAAACAAUUAUUCCACUCGCCCUUGUUGGAUACGAGAUGAUUAUAGCCAACUCGGCGCUACGCGCCUUGUUGCCUAUCUACCAUCUCAUAUCCAAUGCGCCCCUGUGGAAUAAUUGUUAAAUAAAAUACAUGUAUACCACAGAAUAAUAUGUUCAACCAAUGGACCUUAAAAGUUUGAAAAGAUCUUUUGGGGCCAUAACUCAGAAUUUGAACUGCUGACAAGGCUUACAGGGCUGAAAGUAACAGCUGCUGGUCAUGUUGCCUGGCCAAACAAAAUUAAGAUUGGCAAUAUUGUCUUCUUAAUAAUAUGACUGGUCAUAUUAGCAAGACAUAAAUCAUCAUCAUCUUCAUUAUUAUUAUAUUGAUUCAAUAUUCUCAGCUAGUUUUAUGAUUUACAGAUAAAAAACCAUCCCCAGAAACUGUGGGUGGAGAAGAGUAAUAAUCAUAGAGGAAUACGAAUCAAGUCUCUUAAAGGUACUACUCAGAUUUCCUAGUUCAUGAGUGUAUAAUUCCUGUCUAAUUUUGUCUUCAUUUUUAUGGUUUCUUUUGACAGAACUUGAUCUGAACAAGGGAUCUGACGAUCAUUUUAUCCAGGAGUACAUUGCUAACCCACUUCUCAUUGAUAAACGGAAGUUUGACAUUGGACUGUACACUGUACUUACAUCUAUUGAUCCUCUGAGAGUUUAUGUCUAUGACCAAGAAGUUCUAAUUAGGUAUGACUUGUUUUAGCCAUUUUGUAUUCAUAAGCUGAAUGUAAGUGAAUCACUCUCAUAAAAGUGAUAUCAUUAUAGCAGCUGAAUAUGCCUUCUAUGAAGGCCUUGCAGUUUUCAUUUUAAAUCUUUCUUUUUUUUCAUGAUGUGAUCAGGAGUAUGGCUUUGAGGCUAGAUUCUAUCGUUAAGUCUCAAUAAUAUUGUUCCGUUUUACACUUGAAAUAAGGAAUUACUCAGAGUCUUGAAGCACUUUGGACAGAGGUAUUGUAGUGCCCCUGCUUGGGUCUGAUAGCUAAACCUUCCCAUUCAGUCAAACCUUAGAAAGCCAUGCAUGUACUUGUAGAUAUGGUGAUGUUGUUUGGAAACAAUCCUCUGAGAUGCUUGUAGUACUCUGUAAGAAGAACAUCGCUAUUUUUGUUCUGUAGAUUUUGUGAGAAGGAUUAUUAUCCAUUUGAUCCGGAAGAUACUAAGAAGUAUGUUGUGGAAGAUGCUUACACACAACCCUGGGAGGUAUUACAGCUAAAAUCCUCUGUUUCCCUUUCCAUUCCUUCCCUUUUGUCUAUUUUGUUGCAGGUUUUUCUUCUUUGCUUUCUCAUUUCAUUUAACUAGUUGCAAACAUUUUUGUACAAUGAGAUAAACUUUAAUAUAUAGCUGACAGAGACCCUGAAACAUGAAUAGAAAUAAUAUUUAAUUUCUCUUAGAAACAGUAUGUUAUGGACAGUUUCAAAAUUGCAAAAGUAGAAAAAACAACAAAAAAAAGCUUCUAUUUCAUUAACUUCCUUGCCCUUCUUCCAUUCCCUUUGAUUCACUUCAUUUCCUUUAAUUACACUUUCGUUUCCCUUUUUUUCUGUUCCCUUCUGUUCUGUUCCCUUUUCAUCUCUUGUUUUUAGGUGUCUUUCUCCUCUUAAUAACGGUCUACCAUCCUUAAUUCAAUAUUUAGUCCAGUAUUUUGCGUUCUGUUAGCCUCAGCUGUCACCUGGUUGGAUUUUUCUACAGCAAAUUUGGUUAUCUUGCCUUUAUUUCAGUUACCAUCUCUGAAGAAACUAUGGGAAAACGGAAAGUACAGUCGGAAACUUUUACUAAACACAUACCUUAAACAAAAUGGUAUGUUACUGCUCCUUUAUUUCUUUGUCAGAUUUAAUAAAGCGGACAUGAACAUGAGUAUUAUUUCCUCUUAUCUUAUUUACCAGCUUUUCUGGACACAGGCCUGCCUAGAGGGAAUGUGCACGAACGGCACUCAUGGGUCCCAUGCGAGGUGCCAUCCCAACCCACUCCCACAACCCUUAAAGGUUGGCCACACCAUCGGGGUCUACGACCCCUACUCUUUUCGAAUAGUGAUGUGGGUUCUUUUACGUCCCACAAGAACAAAUCAGUGAAAGUGCUAUGAGACGGGACCUACGGUUUUUCGUCCUUAUCCGAGAAGACUAGAAAGUCUAACCAUUUGCAGAUGUCAUUACAAAGGCAGCACUUUCUUCUCAGUUAUUUAAAGACCCUGAGUGUUGGUCCGGCGGGGGUUUGAACCCGCGACCUCCCGCUCAGCAGACCGGUGCUCACUCAACUGAGCUAACCAGGCGGCGCUUUGUCUUGUAGGUAAAGAUGUUAAUAAGAUGUGGAAUGAUAUUUACAAAGCCAUUGCAGAGGUAAUGACUACUUAGUUUGUUGUUUCAUUGGAUUUAAAUAUUGUACUGUACAUUUGUUAGGAAAAACAAACAAAUGACGAUGACGAUUACGAUUACGUUGGUGAUGAUGAUGAUGAUGAAAUUUUAUUUAGACGAACGAAUAGACAAAUCAUAAAAUCAAAGUUAUCUCUGGUAUAAACUGGUACCAACUACCCUUAUUCAUUUAGGAUCGAGUGUCGUUAUUCAGUGCUGCAGCGUUUCCUGGUCGUUCAUUUAGAAAGCAUACGAACUGCUCAUACGAACCGGGCCUGCACAGGGAGCUGUACAAAAGCCUAAUCGCAUUUUUUACCUACUCAAUUUAAUUUAUUUAAAAUUCUUUUUUAUUUCAUAGGUUUAUUUAAGAAAGGAGCCAGAUAUGAUUAUGGCAGGUGCAACUUACAGAUCCACGAGGUAAGUGGACAACUUUUGUGAAAGGCGGGUGCCGUAAUUCAAACAAGGCAUAACGCAUUAGGGAGUUUUAGAACCACUUUUAGGGCAAAUGGCGAGCGUCAGUCUCAAAUUGACAAUUCAGUUCAAACAGUAGGAAAGAAAGUGUUGAAACUGUUCAAAAUAAAUUCUUAUGGAUGACGAUGGCAUAAAACUACAUAUUUUUGUAUAGAUAUAAUGAACAGUGAACGACUAGUAAAGGGAGACUUGGUACUAUGGUGCAAGUCCGUAAAAACGAUAGAUAACAGUUGAAAUUACUGACACGAGUAUAAAGACAUGAAUAGGCUACUGAUGUUUUCCAUCUUGAUUAUUCUUGCAGAAAUUUCUUUGAGAUGGUUCGUUUUGAUUUUAUCCUUGACGCCGACAUGAAAGUAUGGCUUAUGGAGGUAAUCAGUGUUUGUUGUUACAGCCUUUAACUGCAUCAUGGCUGAGAUACAAUGUAAUGUGAUUAAUCCUAAUAUUACCUGGUAUUUUUUAGGUGAAUAUGUCCCCUAACCUGUCUUCAGCAGCACACUCACAUAAUAAACUCAUGUAUGAACAGGUAUGCUAGUAGCUUGUCUCAGUAUUCUCAGUCUCCUCCAUAAUCACAGCUUCUGAGUAGACCUGUACUUGAACUGUGUGUAAGGAGUACUUUCAUGUAGUAUUUCGUUUUUGGUUUCUUUAUUUGUAGUUUUUUUCGUACCUUAACACUUUCAUCUUGAAUGUUAAUUCAAGUGAAAGCUACAAGUCGAGCGCAACAUUAGCCUUUCCUGUACGUUCCUGUACUUUACAUUAUGCCAUGCAAAGUUGUCCCAGUGUUGAUUCUGUGGGCGGAAACGAAAAAGUGUAACCACUAAAAUGAAAGUUACUGAGCAGUGCUUUCCUGUGGUACUGUUUAUUAUGCUGUGCAAGGUGGUUCUACUUUUGAGUCUGUGGGUGAAAAGCUUAAGUGUGAGCAUUAAAAUGAAGGCUACUGAGUAGUACUUUCCUGUUUUACGGUUUACUGUGGUGUACAAGGUAGUUCCAGUUUUUGGCCAUUGAAAUCAUGGGAGAGAUACUGAGUAGUACUUACCAGUGGUACCGUAAUAACUUGCUUUUCAUGUUUGGGUUUCAGAAUUGCGGGAUUGUGGGAAAUCUAAUCUAGUCUAUGUUCACACUAUAAUGGAUAGUUUUUUGCGACGCCACGAAAAACUAUUGGGUGUAGUAUGAACAGGAACGGCCCAGGGGGUCGUUUCUCGAAAGUCCCGAUAAUUAACGGGCCCGGUAAGCUGUCUCCGUUUACAUUAAAGAUUAAGGUUUCAAUAGUUUUGCAUCGAACAUGAUAAAACUACCAGUUAAUAAAACAAAAUGGAGUAGUUUGCUAACCAGGACCGGCGCUCUCAUUCUUUAUAUUUCGAUUUGAAUUUUUGAUUUCGGGCCCGAAAAGUUACCUGGACUUUCGAGAAACGGGCCCCAGGCCGCCACAAGUCGUUCACGCACAUCGUUUGCUACACGAAAUUCCAGUCCUCACUAUUCCUCAAUAUUUACUUCCAUUUCAGUGAGCCCAGUUCUCGAUACUACUUAUUUACUUCCGUUGAAUAGGUGUUCACACUGCACCAAAGUAUUGCACUUAUCCGAUAUGUGAUUCUCCACUUUCGAGAUCGGCGCGACGCAGCUUGACUCCGUCACUGAAAUCGCGCCACCAAAACCGUUCUUGUGUGUGAACAGAAGCCAUAUCCGGUAUGAGUGAACAAAGAAAGAGGAAUUUAACAAAUAUGCUGUUUUGUUAUACUUCAGGGCCCAGUUGUUCGAAGGCCGAUUAGCGCUUAACCGGGGGUUAAAUUUAACCCGGGUUUCUUUUUCUUGUGUUCAAAAGCAUUUUCUCGGAUAAUUUUCUCUGUCAUAUUUAGAGCUUUCAAACAUCAACUUGUAGACAAAAAGAAUUAAAACUGAAAUGCUUUUUAAGCUUUCAAAUCUGAAUUCAAAUCUCGCACUAACCCUGGGUUAUCUUAACCCAGCUUUGAACAACUCGACCAUGUAUUUUUAAUGAGAUGUACAUGUAAAUGAGAUGUACAUGUAAAUAAGUGAAACUGGGUUUACUUAGCAUUUUUAAAUAUGGUUAAUGUUAACUUUCUAUUAUAUUUGUUAGGUUGUGUUUAAUCUUCUUGGUUUAGUGGGAGUAGCUACUAGAUUGGACCAUAGUUUGAAGUACAGGUAAGGAAACUCCUCCAAAGUCUUAAAAUGUUUGCUAACAGUCAAGAAUUCACAGUCAGUUGUAUUAAUAACAGAUACCUUGCUUUCAAAGCUCGCCUUCUGAAAAAGACAUGUUAGUCAGUGAUCACGACACCCAGGUUUUGUACGAGACCUGUUCAAGUAAAGAAUGUUCCAAGAGCUGUUAUAGUGAGGUAGGUGUCCUGUGGUUAUUUUCAGUCAUCAUCUUAUCCUUGCUUUGGAAUCUUUUCAUAAAUAGGCUGAGUAUGAUCGUCCGGCUGAACGUAGUCCUGAAUAGGACUGUUGUUGACAUUGACUGACGUUUCGACAACCUGUGCGCUAGUCCUUGAAAAAUGUAGAAAAGAAUGUAAUAUGCUUUAAACUAUUCUGGUACAAGAUUUUUGUCUACUGAAAAUUAAAAUUACCCAAUUUCCUGGUGGAUUCCGUCUUAACCUUUCCUAGUUAAUCCGCGCCAUGUCUUUUGUUUCUUUCCUUAGAAAUGUCGUCUAUGUUACCCUUGUCUUAGGGAGAAUGAACGAGAGUUUAUCAAAGCUGCGUAUUUAGAGCAUCACCACAGGGGAGGAUACCGUAGAGUUUACCCCCCUCCCCUGGUAAGUGCAAUAAUGUGAUGAACGGUAACAAACAAAAGAUGUUUCGCUGGACUAUUUUUGCCUGCGUAGGUGGCGUCGGUAGAGUGCGGUGAAGAAUUUGCUGUUUAAACGAGUGGCGAAGCCGCCGAUAGAAAUGAGGAGGAGAAACAACUUUCCCUCUCGUGGGCUUCGCGGCUCGUUUAAUGCAUGAGUAGACAAAUAGAGUCUUUCUUUAGCGACGAAGACAGUAGUGUCGAACUUAUUUCAAAUUAUAUACUCCCCCCCUCUAAUAACUUAGUUUUCAAACCAAACUACCACUGGGAGCUACAUGUAUGCAGGUUAGAAUGUUACAUCAGAGAAUUUUGUCCACACACCCCAUAGGAUUUUCGUGCACGCCCAAGAACAAAUCUGAUAGCGGUUGGUCGUUCUUGUAAAACCUAGUAAAAGUAAGCUCGUCACACUAUCAUUAGUAUAAAUUUGUUGAAUAUCUGUUAUUCAAUCCUCUUUCUCUUUCCUGUUUUUCUUUUAUUUUGCUUUAGACUCACACAGGAGAAACAAGGAAAGAUAGUCCUGCAUUAAGUUUGAGUUCGCCUAAUCAGCUCAUGCAUCAGUGGUUUCAAGCCAUGUGUCAACGCGAUAUAUCAUGGUGUGCUUAGUCUUUACUAUGUAAUUAUUUAGUAUUUAUUAUUUUUUAUCUGUGAAAUAACUGAGAGACAAAACGGUGCGCCCUGAUUUUCGAAAAACGUUUUUCUUAUCAUAACGGUAAAUUCAGAUGCAGG